GUUUCUUUUGGGGGAUGCUGCCGGGCAGCAAAGGCCAGUCGUGUGAUCCUUAUAUGAAGAGAUCCGCGAUUGAUGCCAAUUAGCACUUCUUGAUUGUUCCGCUCCAGGUCUCCUCGCCCAAUACCAUCUCAUCUUGCUCGUAUACCUCACAAAAGUAUAGCACCACUUACCCCCCUUCCCAAUUCUUCAUCAUGACCAGCUCUGCAACAUCCUCUGAUACGCUCCGCAUGCUCGUCUUGGAGACGGAUGAUCCGCAUCCCAAAACCUUGUCCGAGCGAGGCUCCUUCGGUCAAAUUUUCCACGACCUAUUCGAAUCCGCCGGAUCUUCGCAUUCCCCCCAUCCGCUCAAGAUCGAGACGAGCAUGCACUUUGUGGUGGACGAUGCGGGUGAGGGCAAAUUUGGACGUGUGCCGAGGUACGAAGAGAUAGGGGAGGAUGUGGGGGCAAUCUUGAUCAGUGGAAGCAUGUACGAUGCGCACGGCGACGACGAGUGGAUCUUGCAGCUCUUGCAGCUCCUCCAACAUCUCUGGUCUCGUCGACCUUUGCUCAAAUUCUCGGGCGUAUGCUUUGGUCAUCAAUUGCUCAAUCGCAUGUUGGGAUGCCAAGUGCGACAACAUGCGGGUCAAAAGUGGGAGCUGAGCCAUACGGAGAUGAACCUGACGCCCAUCGGCAAGAAGCUCUUUAGGACGGAUGAAGAUACACUGGCACUGCAUCAGAUGCAUCAGGAUCAAGUCGUCGAUGCUCCUACACCCGAAACUUCCAAUGGGCUGCUAGAGCCCGGCACGAGGGUGCAUAUUUGGGCUUCUUCCCAACACACCAAAGUGCAAGGAGUCUAUAUCAGAGACAGGCUCUUCACAUCUCAAGGCCAUCUUGGAUUCGACGAUACCAUGGUGCACCGGCAAAUCCAGCUUCGCAAGGAAGCCGGCAGCAUCGACGAGUCGGACAAGAUGGAAGUUGCACAAGCUAGGGAAAAGGCUCAUCUGGAACACGAUGGCGUCGUCGUUGCUGCUGCGAUUCUGCGAUUCUUCCACGGCGAGGACCAUGACGUCGAGUGAGGCGCUCCUGCGCACAGACCCUGGGUGACAUGUGUGGCAGCCGGACCACUUCUUUGGCCUGUAACUUUCCAUCAGCAGCGCGCAUCGCCGCCUGAGUCUGCACUGUGCUUCCAGUGCGAUGCUUUCACGCGCUUUUCAAAGACGCAUCGCGAUGAGAUGAGGAGCCAAAAGAGAGAUGACGGAGGGCUACUGAAAUGAGAUGAUUACCAGU